AUGCAAAAGAAAUACAAGGGACAUGACUACUUGGUGGCUUUUUUUGUGACCAUUGGGUGUUCAUUAUUUAUUCUAUAUCCGGCAACAGUUGAUAUCAAUCCUUAUGGUAGAGGAAGAGGAAGAGAAAGCACAGUGUGGGGUGUUUCCUUGAUGAUUGGCUAUCUUGGAUUUGAUGGCUUUACAAGCACAUUCCAGGAUAAAUUAUUCAAAGGUUAUGAUAUGGAAAUACAGAAUCAGAUAUUCUACACCACACUAUGCUCUUGUAUGCUCAGCUUGAGUGGUCUAAUUCUCCAGGGCCAUCUCCUCAUGGCAAUAGAUUUUGUAUCUCGCAAUACCGAUUGUUUCCUUGAUGUUGCACUGCUGUCAACGGUAGCAACAGCUAGUCAAUUCUUCAUUUACUACACUAUCCGCACAUUUGGUGCCCUCACAUUUGCCACCAUAAUGACCACAAGACAGUUGGUGAGCAUUCUGAUUUCUUGCGUGUGGUUUGGUCACCCCCUCAGCUGGGAACAGUGUAUCGGAGCUGUUAUCGUCUUUGGUUCCCUUUAUGCAAGAAGCUUCUUAAAAAAUAAACCCCCGAAACCUUCAUCCUCGGAACAGACGGAAAAUGGAGCUUCUAGUCCAUUGAAGGUGAACCCAUAG